CGCAGGGCAAGAAGGAUGAUCCAGCGCGCGGAGGAUCCAAAACCCCUUAACGUACGCCUGUUCAUUAAAAUAUAAUAGUGCUAAUACUCUUUCUCCCUAAUAAUUUCCAUACUCACAAAUCACCGUUUUCCUCAUUUUUUCCUCACACAUGCUCUCUGUUUUCUCUCCUAUAAGCUUGUCACUUCUACGUUAUUCGGCACCGCCGAAAGCCCUAGUUAUCCUGUUCCGCUGUAUCGGCGAAUUGGCAUGCUAUCUUGCUCUACCGAACCAUCCACCAUCUGAAGGAUGAGCUUGGGGUGAAAUUGCAUUGUCACAUGCUUUUACCGACAACUUGUGAUUAGGUCAAGUGUUCGUGAAAUUAGUUGCAAUGGAUCGUCAGGACACAUCUGGUUUUGUUAGUGGAGGUUGCUUGGAUCUUUGAAGUGAUGAAUUUCUCACUCUGUUUGGGUAAAUAUUUUCCAGUUUGUGUAGGGAUAGCUAUUGUUUUGUAAAUUUGUGUUGGUUGGGCCUAAUAAACGUGUUGUUUUUUAGUACAUGGACAAGGCCCCUGUAGGUUAUACUGCUAAGUUAUCUCGACUGAACAAUGGUGUUAAUGUUCAGUCUAAUCACCAUGGAUUACAUACAUCGGGUUUAGAUGCCCGUGUUCCCCCAAAUCCUCUUUAUGCCAGUGGAACCAAAAGAAAGUGGUGUGAUGUCGAUGAUUCCUCUGUGUUUCUUGCAUUGGGCCACUCAUCAAGUCACCGCCCUAAUUUGUCCAUAGGGAAAGAAACAGAUGAUGAGUCUUCAAUUGAUCUUAGUCUAAGCAUUGAUCUUCAUCUGGGAAAUCGGCAGACAUCUUGUCUAACCUAUGGUCCCUCAAGAGCAGUUGGGGUUAAAAGGUCUGAAAUAGAUCUCGAGUUAAGUCUAUCAACUGGACCUGCUGAAUCAGAUGUCACUACUGUUACACAAGCGUCAAGUCCUUGCCUGACUAAUUUGGAAGCCCUAUCCUUGUCUACAUUUCAACUUGGGGAUGAGGGUUCAACAUCGUCUCGAUGGAAACGUGGGCCUCUUCUGCAACCUUUCCAGAGCUCAGGGUCCUUUACGGCGGUUAACCCUGACAAAAGCCAGACAAAUCCCAUCCAGGCAACACUGGUUGUCUCCUCUGCUGCAUUGGACACACCUAAGCCCUCUGUUUCCUCUGCUUCUUUGGCAGCUCAUCGUCCACAGCGGCGGACUCAUGUGAAGAAUUGUGGAUUUGAAGGAUGCACAAGAGGAGCGCGGGGUGCCUCUGGACUUUGUAUUGCCCACGGGGGUGGCAGGAGGUGUCAGAAACCUGGUUGCCCAAAGGGUGCUGAAGGCAAGACAGUUUUCUGUAAGGCUCAUGGAGGAGGGCGGCGUUGCCAACAUCUUGGAUGUACUAAGAGUGCAGAGGGGCGAACUGACUUCUGCAUUGGACAUGGUGGUGGUAGGCGCUGCAGUCAUGAAGGUUGCACUCGUGCUGCUAGAGGUAAAUCUGGAUUAUGCAUCCGUCAUGGGGGCGGUAAAAGGUGUAAAAUGGAGAAUUGUUCAAAGAGUGCUGAGGGCAUUUCUGGUCUCUGUAUCUCCCAUGGAGGGGGCCGACGAUGCCAAUAUCCAGCGUGCACAAAGGGGGCUCAGGGAAGUACAAUGUUUUGUAAAGCACAUGGUGGCGGAAAAAGGUGCACAUUUUUGGGGUGCACCAAAGGUGCUGAAGGGAGUACAUCACUUUGUAAAGGGCACGGAGGGGGUAAGAGGUGUACGUUUGAAGGUUGUACAAAGAGUGUGCAUGGGGGUACAUUAUUCUGUGUCAGUCAUGGUGGGGGGAAGAGGUGUUCGGUGGCUGGGUGUACCAAAAGCGCAAGAGGGCGAACAAACUUUUGUGUUCGGCAUGGUGGGGGUAAGAGGUGCCAAUUUGAAGGAUGCACCAAGAGUGCGCAAGGAAGAACAGAUUUCUGCAAGGGACAUGGUGGAGGUACAAGAUGUUCUUGGGGACAGGUUGGGUCAGUGUUUAACUGCCAAGCUGCAGUUACAUGCGAUAAGUUUGCUAGGGGAAAAUCUGGGCUUUGUGCUGCUCAUGCUGCCCAGAUGCAAGAAAAGUCGAUUAGUAAUGCUGCUUGUCUUCAAAAACCAAUAUCCAGCACAAUGAAUGGGAGGUUCACGUUUCCAAGUGGUAUAGAUUCGUGCUCUGGAGGAAACCUGUUCAGCUCUAGAAAUGAUGGACUUGCGCAGAUAUCUGUUGAAAUGACGCCUGAUUCUACUGAAAUGUCAGUACCGGAGGGCAGGGUGCAUGGAGGGAACCUGAUGGCCAUUCUCAGAGGUCGUACAUCCUUUUGAAUCAGCAAUGGUGUAGGUGGCAGAUUGGAACCUGGACCAGUGUAAUCCCAUGUCUAGGUAAAAGUAAUACUGUAUGUCCAUGUUUACAAUUCCUUCCGGGCGAUUCUUGGUUCUGUUUGAAAAUAGAUGCGAUUAUAAGAACGCCCGAUCUUAAGGAUGGUGGUCAUCAACAAUGUGCAUAAAGUCUUUGUGAAACUGUAAAUACUUUAGUAUGUUGCCAUCAGUAUUGUCAAUAGCGUUUAGUCGCAAAUGCAUUUAUCCAAGAAUAGGCUUCAGUUCUGGUUAUUAGAUUAGGUAUGUCUGUAAAUACCCAUUGUUCAAUUGUGAUGUAACCAAUUAGUUGUGUUUGUUCAUAAUUAGUUAUAAAUGUGAAUAUUGUAAUGAAUUUAGUCGUAAUGGCUUUUGCUUUAAACAGUGAUGAUGUGGCCCGUUAAAGCAUUGCUUUCAUUUGUUUGCAAAUUGGGGUUAUUUUCUCCUCUUGUUUUCCCCGAUUCCGCUACUGAUCUAAUAUCCCCUUGCGCCGU